AUGGAAAAGGAUAAAGAGUCGGGUGCUCUUGGACAUGUCAGGCACCUGUUCCAGGUUGAUCAUCGGUCAGAUCAUCGGUCAGAUCAUCGGUCAGCUCCUCGUUCCAGGCCAUCUUCGCACACCUCUCGGGAGCAAAGCGAGGAGAAGGUGAUUGAGCAGAAGGACAACCAGCAGACCUUUGCAGAAUGGCGCAGGAGGCAUUCAAGAUUGCGCUUUCCUCGCCUGGCAGAGAAAGCUGCUUAUGAUGAGGAGCUCAAUCGGCGGAACGCAGCACUGGCAGUAGGCCAAAGACGGCGUGACAUCGACUCGGAUGAGGAAGAAGAGGAGCGAGGAGUUGAUUCUCGAUCCACGUGGACCAUGCAGAGUUCAGCUCUUUCAGCGUUCUCUAGCCAGCGUGCACUGCGCCAUCGGCGGCUGGGCCCCAGUCCUCGGCCUACCAUCCUGCGAAGACAAAAUGCCGUGUCACCAGUCUCCAUCGGCACCACGUCCACCUUUCACGUGAGUGCGAUGGAUGCGCCUCGAGGUCCAAAUCCGAUGGAGCAAUCCACCACGAGCUUAUUCAGUUCGGCCCUCUCGGCCUCCUCCAAGCAGAACUCCUCCAUGGCCUCAACGUGGGCCCCUUCUGUGCCGGCUUCUUCACAAGCUUCCGUGGACAGAAAGUGGUUGUCCAGGGUUGCUCCAAUCAGCUGCCUGCCGUCUGGGGCGAACACCAGUGCAGUACGGCAGGAGAUGAUGGAGCAGGAGCGUGCGCGGCUGAUGUCCAAAAGGUCGACGAAGAAGUCCUUACGUGCGCAGAAAACACUUUCUGCGCUGAACACAUUGACAGUUUCAGGAAGUGCAGGAGGCUACCUGUCCUUCGAGAAUUGGGGCCUCACCGACGACUACCUGGAAGCAUUGCUGGAAGCGCACGACGGCAUGCCGGCCCAGAAUCGGCGUGACAAACCACCAGCGACAAUGUGUGACGCAAUAUCCACGUCGCUAAUUACUGUACAUGUGCUGUGA